AUGUGGGAUCCAUUAGAGAGUCCUGUCAAAGCCCUCAAUUUUGGUCCUGAUGUAAUAGACAUUGACAAGCUGUUCGACGAUUUCUGCAUUGUGUCAGAAUGCCAAAGAGAGAUCUUCUCAUACGAAGAGAAGAUAGACCAGAGUUGGUUAAAGAUGUUCAGGCGCAUUCCAUACACUGGGGACAGCCAUCUGUUGAAGUUGGUCUCUUUUGCACUGUCUACCCCUGUCUCCAGUGCCUACUGUGAUAGGGUCUUCAACUUAAUGAUGCAGCUCUGGAGCAAGGAAAGAAACCGGCUGAGUGAUAGCCUUGUCAAAGCAGAACUCCAAGUGAAACUGAAUUUCAGGAUGCCCUGUGAAGAAUUCUCCAUGGGGGCAAGGAUGAUGCUGCUGAUAAGCAUUGGGAUGGCCCUUUUAGGUGGCCUCCAUGCUGUAGCCCCUGUUGGCCGGGAGUUCAUCACAACCUUCAUGCAAAACUACUUGAUGAACAGCCCUAAGCCUCAGUUCCAGCUCUUCAUCUCUGGCUAUGCACCCUCCACCAGAGUCACCGUCUCGGUCUACAAAUCCCACUUCCAGAGCAACUUCAUCCUCAAUCAGGGUCAGACACAAGUCGUGAACAUUCCGGCUUAUGCCGAGAUGUCCGGCUCUGCUAAAUUCUGCAACACCAUCUUGGUGCAGGCCGAUCGAGAUGUUUCGGUGUUGGCCCUCAGCUCCAAGGAGAACUCUGCUGACACAAACGUGGUCUAUCCUGUAAACAGUCUCGGCACAGACUACUACGUCCUCACCCCUGCUGGAGACGGAGACAGAUUUUAUAAGGAAUUCUCCAUCAUUGCAUGGCGUGAUCCAGUCCAAGUGGAGAUCUCUCUCAAGGGAAGUGUGAGAUUCCAGGAGCGCAUCUACAAAGCAGGAGCAAAACUGAGUGUCUCCCUUCUCCCCUACGAAGCCGUCCAGUUCCAAAGCCGCCAAGAUCUCUCCGGAACGCGCAUCAGGUCACCACAACCAGUGGCAGUGCUGAGCGGCCACAGCUGUGCGCACAAGAACACCAAGUGCAACUAUGUAGUGGAACAGCUACUGCCCGUGGCCAGCUGGGGCCGGGCCUUCUUCGUUCCGCCGCUCUCCUUCCAGAUGAACUAUGACAUUGCCUACAUCGUUGCUUCCCAGACCACCCUCAUCACCUACUUCUCUGGUGGGGCCCACAAGAACCAGCUCCUCACGGCUGGGACAGUUUUUCAGCUGGAAGUGCGACGGACGGGUCCCAUCUACAUCUCAGCCAGUGCUGGCAUACAAGUUUUCUUCUUCUGUACCGGUGGUUCUCACAACGGGAUAGCUUUUGACCCAUUCUUCCUCAGCAUUCCAGAUAUAUCCAGUUAUUGCACCUCCUACUCCCUCAUGAGCCAGACGGGCUUUGAGAAUUAUGUCCUCAUCAUUGCCAAGAAGACGGCUGCCGCUGGGAUCGCCAUGGGUGGACGCCUGUUGGAUGGCGUUUAUUGGAAACAAAUUCCGGAAUCAGAAUACGUGUGGGGCGAAUACAGCCUGGGGAAUGGAGCAAGCCAGCAUGUCAUGGGCCAUCCUGACACCCCCUUUGGCCUGCUGAGUUUUGGCAUAGCCAAUAGGAAUGGCUACGGGGCAGUUGCCCUCUGCCAAGGUGGCCUCCAUGCUGUAGCCCCUGUUGGCCGGGAGUUCAUCACAACCUUCAUGCAAAACUACUUGAUGAACAGCCCUAAGCCUCAGUUCCAGCUCUUCAUCUCUGGCUAUGCACCCUCCACCAGAGUCACUGUCUCGGUCUACAAAUCCCACUUCCAGAGCAACUUCAUCCUCAAUCAGGGUCAGACACAAGUCGUGAACAUUCCGGCUUAUGCCGAGAUGUCCGGCUCUGCUAAAUUCUGCAACACCAUCUUGGUGCAGGCCGAUCGAGAUGUUUCGGUGUUGGCCCUCAGCUCCAAGGAGAACUCUGCUGACACAAAUGUGGUCUAUCCUGUAAACAGUCUCGGCACAGACUACUACGUCCUCACCCCUGCUGGAGACGGAGACAGAUUUUAUAAGGAAUUCUCCAUCAUUGCAUGGCGUGAUCCAGUCCAAGUGGAGAUCUCUCUCAAGGGAAGUGUGAGAUUCCAGGAGCGCAUCUACAAAGCAGGAGCAAAACUGAGUGUCUCCCUUCUCCCCUACGAAGCCGUCCAGUUCCAAAGCCGCCAAGAUCUCUCCGGAACGCGCAUCAGGUCACCACAACCAGUGGCAGUGCUGAGCGGCCACAGCUGUGCGCACAAGAACACCAAGUGCAACUACGUAGUAGAACAGCUACUGCCCGUGGCCAGCUGGGGCAGGGCCUUCUUCGUUCCGCCGCUCUCCUUCCAGAUGAACUAUGACAUUGCCUACAUCGUUGCUUCCCAGACCACCCUCAUCACCUACUUCUCUGGUGGGGCCCACAAGAACCAGCUCCUCACGGCUGGGACAGUUUUUCAGCUGGAAGUGCGACGGACGGGUCCCAUCUACAUCUCAGCCAGUGCUGGCAUACAAGUUUUCUUCUUCUGUACCGGUGGUUCUCACAACGGGAUAGCUUUUGACCCAUUCUUCCUCAGCAUUCCAGAUAUAUCCAGUUAUUGCACCUCCUACUCCCUCAUGAGCCAGACGGGCUUUGAGAAUUAUGUCCUCAUCAUUGCCAAGAAGACGGCUGCUGCUGGGAUCGCCAUGGGUGGACGCCUGUUGGAUGGCGUUUAUUGGAAACAAAUUCCGGAAUCAGAAUACGUGUGGGGCGAAUACAGCCUGGGGAAUGGAGCAAGCCAGCAUGUCAUGGGCCAUCCUGACACCCCCUUUGGCCUGCUGAGUUUUGGCAUAGCCAAUAGGAAUGGCUACGGGGCAGUUGCCCUCUGCCAAGGUGCCUCUCAGCCUCCUCCCAAACCUUCCUGCAGUUCCACGCAAUGCCGGAAGAAGGAAGCCUGCCAGAUCAUCAAUGACCACCCGGUUUGUGUGGCCCAGUCCAGUGCCACAUGCUGGGCCCUGGGUGACCCUCAUUACCAGACUUUUGACAAGCAGUACUACAACUUCAUGGGCACCUGUACCUACACCAUGGCCAAGACCUGUGGAUCGGAUGCAACCCUCCCAACUUUUCACAUCAUGGUUAAGAAUGAGAACCGAGGCGGCCAAACAGUAUCUUAUGUUGGAUCACUGACAGUCCAGGUUUAUGGGCAUCAUAUACAGGUGGCCAGAAAUGAACAUGGCCUCGUCAGGGUGAACAACCAGCGUUCCCGGCUGCCCAUCUCUCUCCUUGAUGGCAAACUGCAUCUCUACCAGAGUGGGAGUUUGGUCAUGCUUGAGACUGACUUCUCACUAAAGGUCUCCUACGACUGGAACAGCUACCUGGCGGUGAAGGUAUCCAGUAGCUUCUCCGAGAAUAUGUGUGGCCUGUGUGGUAACUACAACGGAGACCCUGCCGAUGACUUUAAAACCGCAAGCGGGUCCUUGGCCCCCAGCCCUGUGGAGUUUGGGCAAAGCUGGAAGGUGGAAGAUGGUGACCGGCUGUGCUGGGAUGACUGCCAUGGAGAAUGCAAGAAGGUGACCCUGGAGGUGCUCAUCAGAUAUAAAGUUGAGCUUUUCUGUGGCUGGAUCAACAAAAAGGAGGGUGGCCCAUUCAGCCAGUGUCACUCUGUCAUCGAUCCGGAGAUCUUUGUAGACAACUGUGCCUAUGACCUCUACAUCUACGAGGGCUAUCGAGAGGCUUUGUGCCGAGCACUGAAGAACUAUGCAGAUGCCUGCCAGAGAGAAGGUGUUGUCCUAUCUGAUUGGAGGACCCUCACUGGCUGCCCCCUGUCCUGUCCUGGGAACAGUCACUACAAGCUCUGUGGCUCUGCCUGUCCCGCCACCUGCAACGACCAAGCUGCUCCCAGCAAAUGUUCCUCAUUGCCUUGCGUGGAGACCUGCCAGUGCGAUGAGGGCUUCGUGUUGGAUGCCGGGAAAUGCAUCCCCCAGGCUGCCUGCGGGUGUGUUUUUGAAGGGAAACUCUUCUCCCCCAAGGAGGAGUUCUGGGGAGACGGCACCUGCACCAAGCGUUGCAUCUGUGACCCACAAACCAAGCGAGUGACCUGCCAGACAGCGAGUUGCAAGAGUGGGGAACAGUGCAAGGUCGAGAACGGUAUCCAGAACUGCUACCCGACUGGCUAUGGCACCUGUGCUGCCAUUGGCUACUCCCAUUAUCACACCUUUGAUGGUCAGAGUUUUAACUUCCAGGGCACCUGUCUCUACCUGUUCGCUGGACUGAGCACGAAGAGCCAGGAGCUGAUAGAUUUCCAGGUCCUGGUCCAGAACUCACGCCAAGGUGGCUGGUCCCUGUCCCUCAACAAACUGGUCAAGGUUCAAGUCUACGGGAUGGAGCUUACCCUCAGCUGGGCUUAUCGGGGAAGAGUCAUGGUAAAUGGCUUGCUGACCCAUCUACCCUACAGGCUGGGCUUGGAACAGAUACUCGUCUACAGAAAGGGCUGGAAUAUGAUGAUCCAAACAGAUUUUGGUCUCACAAUCACCUUUGACUGGCAAAGCCGUCUCACGGUCACCGUACCCAGGACCUACGCAGGUGCUCUUAGCGGUCUCUGUGGCAACUUCAAUGGAGACAAACAAGAUGACUUGACCCCAAGGGACGGUGAGGGAACUUCACCUACAACAGCCUUGGGUCAGCACUGGAGGGUAGCAGAAUCCUGGGGUUGUACAGAGGUAAGCCUCAAGGCAUGUCCAGACUUGGAAGCCAUUGCCCAGCGCCAGAGAGGCAUCAGUGCACAAUGUGGGCUCCUUGUGGACAAGAGCGGCCCGUUUAGGGAGUGCCAUGGCAAAAUCGACCCCGAGAUCUUUUUCCUUGAUUGUGUCUAUGACGUCUGCAUGUUCAAAGGCCAACAGGCUGUGCUGGGCCAUGUCAUCGCUGCCUACGCCAUGGCCUGUCAAACCAUCCAGGUCACCAUCUAUAUCUGGAGAAUCCACAUCUUCUGGAGUGAGUAUGAGUCCAUUCUGCUCUUGGAGCCAGUCUGCCCCCAGAAUAGCCACUAUGAGCUCUGCGCCAGAGGCUGUCAACAAACCUGCAGCAGCCUCUACUCACCCCUCCCCUGCUCUGCGCACUGCACAGAAGGCUGUGUCUGCGACCAAGGUUUUGUGCUGAGCGGUGACCGCUGUGUCCCCAUGUCUAAAUGUGGUUGCGUGUACCAGGACCGAUACUAUUCAGCGGGGCAGACCUUUUACCCAACUCGGCAGUGUGAUCUGCAAUGCAUGUGCCAGGCUGGUGGCGCCGUCACCUGCAAGAAAUUCUCCUGUGGCCCAAAUGAAGAGUGCAGGGUGGUCGACGGCAUCCAGAAAUGCCACUCGGCUGGUUCUGCAUCUUGCUUGGCCACUGGUGAUCCUCAUUAUAUCACCUUCGACAAGUUGCACUUCAACUUCCAGGGCACCUGCACUUACAUUCUUGCUAAGACCCAUAUCACAGACAAGGCACAUUUGACGCCCUUCACUGUCAAAGAGGAGAAUGAAGCUUGGGGGAGUGGGAAAGUUUCCGUCAACAAGAUGAUCUCCGUGGAAGUCUAUGACACCACGCUCACCCUGCUGCAGAAAAUGAAGGGGCUAGUCAAGGUGAACGGAGUGUUCCAGCGGCUCCCCAUAGCCCUGUCCGAUGGACGUCUCAGAGCUUAUCAACACGGUAACAAUGUUGUGAUACAAACUGACUUUGGCCUUGUUGUACACUACAACUUGCUUUACCGUGCCACGGUCACCGUCCCAAGCAGCUACCAAGGCCAGAUGUGUGGCCUGUGCGGGAACUACAACGGGCGGAAGGAUGACGAGUUGCUGCUUCCUGACGGCACAGCCGCCUCCAACGUGGCUGCCUUUGGAUCUGCCUGGAAAGUGUCUGUCCCUGGGGCUAUUGGGGCCUGCUCAGAUGGAUGCUCUGGAAACACCUGCCCGGUCUGCGAGGAGAGGAAGAAGGACAUUUUUAAGCUGCGCAACUACUGUGGGCUGCUCACGGCAUCGGACGGGCCCCUCAGUGCUUGCCACAGCAAAGUGGACCCCAGUGUGUAUCUUGAUGACUGCAUCUAUGACCUGUGCCUGGGUAACGGGGACAGCCAAGUCUUGUGCCAGAGCAUUGAGAGCUAUGUGUCUGCUUGCCAUGAGGCUGGGGUAUCUGUCCAGCCUUGGAGGACUCCGUCCUUCUGCCCUCUGAGCUGCCCACUCAACAGCCACUAUGAGCUCUGUGCCGACGUCUGCUCCGCCGACUGUGCCGGCAUCACCGAGUCCCGGACGUGCCCCGAGACUUGCUCGGAGGGCUGCCAGUGCGACGAUGGAUUCUUCUUCGACGGUCUUGCCUGCAUCACUGUGGACAGCUGUGGAUGCUCUGCCAAUGGACGCUAUUAUAAGCCCCACGAGACAGUCCUGCAGGACGAAUGCCAGAAACUCUGCAGCUGCAUCCCUGGCCGGGGGGUUGUCUGUGAGUCCCACAGCUGCCGCAGUGACGAGACCUGCAAAAUCCAGGACGGAAUCAUGAGCUGCAUCAAUAGAGAUCCAUGCAAAACAUUAAAGUGUCGGACCAAGGAGACCUGCAAGCUAGAGGACGGCCGGGCGACAUGUGUCCCGCUCUACAACGAGACCUGUUAUGGUUGGGGGGACCCGCACUACCACACCUUCGAUGGGCGGGACAUCGAUUUCAUGGGCACGUGUACCUACACCAUUGCCAAGUACUGUGGCAAUGACUCCACACUGGUACCCUUCAGAGUGGACGAGAAGAACGACAAUAGAGGCAGCCAGGCCAUUUCCUUUGUGAAAAUAACCAACAUCUAUGUGUAUGGGUACAACAUCUCCAUCCACAGGAAGGAAGUUGGCAAAAUCCGGCUGAAUGGGGUCAUCACGAACCUGCCCGUGACUCUUGAGGAUGGGAAGAUGCAGCUCUUCCAGAGCGGUCUGCAGGCUGUGCUAGAGACUAACUUCGGCCUGGUCGUUUCUUACGAUUGGAGCUGGUUGGUGGAGAUAACCCUGCCCAGCAGCUACUAUGGCGCCAUCUGUGGCCUCUGUGGGAAUUUCAACCAAAACCCUGACGACGAUAUGCUGACCCCCACAGGGGACACUCCCGCGUCCGUGGUGGAGUGGGGUAGAAGCUGGAAAGUAAAGGACCGCGACCCUUUCUGCUGGGACUUCUGCAAGGGGGACUGCCCCGUCUGUGAGGAGCAGCAGCGGCGGCUCUUUGAGAGUGAGGAGUUCUGUGGGCUGAUCGCCAAGGCGGAUGGGGGGCCUUUCCGCGAAUGCCACUCUAAGUUAAACCCUGAUGACUUCUUCGACAGCUGUGUCUAUGACGUCUGCCUCAAUGGCGGUGCCAAAAGCAUCCUGUGCCAAGCGCUGAGCGUCUAUGCUACCAACUGCCGCAAAGAGGGUGUGGUCAUCCGGGACUGGAGAGCUCAGAGUGGCUGUGCUUUGCCUUGCCCUGAAAACAGCCACUACGAGGCCUGCGGAAACGCCUGCCCCGCCAGCUGUGCGGACCGCUCCGCCCCUUCGACGUGCAGCAUGCCCUGCUCAGAAACCUGCCAAUGCAACGAUGGCUACGUCCUCAGCGCCGACAAGUGCGUCCCCGUGGGGAGCUGCGGGUGCACCCACAACGGCCUCUACUAUAAGCCCGGGGAGGAGUUCUGGGCCGAUGAGGACUGCAGCUCUCGCUGCAGGUGUGACCCCAGCCUGGGCAUGAUGGUGUGCCAGCCGGCGAGCUGCAAGGCCAGCGAGAGAUGUGCCACGGUCGACGGUGUCCGGGGCUGUUAUGCCCGCAGCCACGCCACUUGCUCGGCAGCCGGGGACCAUCACUACGCUACCUUUGAUGGGCAGAGAUAUGAUUUUGCAGGCACUUGCAUCUACCAGCUGGUUGGGCUGUGCUCCAGUGACUCCACUCUCACCCCAUUCACCAUCAAGAUCCAGAACAGCCAAGGCAGUAAGACGGCACCGUUCUCUUCCGUUGUUACCCUGGAAGUCUAUAACAGAACCAUCACAAUCAGCCAGGAGCGUCCGCGCACGAUCCAGGUAGAUGGGUUGUUUGUGGAUCUGCCUUUCUACCAUGAAGAUAAGGUAAAGGCCUACAUUAGCGGAGCCCAUGUCCUCGUCGCCACCAAUUUCGAUCUUACCAUAACCUUUGGCUGGAACAGGCUGGUACGCGUCACUAUUCCGAACACCUACUUCGACGCUGUUUGUGGACUCUGUGGCAAUGUUAACGGGGAACCGGGUGAUGAUCUGAUCAUGAAGGAUGGGCGCCAGGCAGCCAGUCCCGCCCAGUUUGCAGAGAGCUGGAAGGUAGGCGAGAUCCCUGGCUGUGUGAAUGGAUGCACCAGCGGUUGCCCCGUGUGCAAAGAAACAGAGAAGCAAACCUACGAGGGAGACCAAUACUGCGCGAUCCUCACCAGGAAGGACGGACCUUUCAAGGAGUGUCACAAGGCCAUUGACCCCGCACCCUACCUCGACGACUGCGUCUCUGACGUCUGCCGGUACAAGGGUCACCAUGACAUUCUCUGCCACGCUAUUGGUGCCUACGUAACAGCUUGCCAGGCUCAAGGCGUCCAGAUUGGCCAAUGGAGAUCGCCCUCAUUCUGCAGCCUUUCCUGCCCCCGUAAUUCUCACUACGAGCUCUGUGGAAACGGGUGCCCCACCACCUGCCACGGCCUUUCAGCUCCCGACGGGUGUCAGACCUCCUGCAAAGAAGGCUGCUACUGCAACGCCGGCUUUGUGCUGAGCGGAGAUCAGUGCGUCCCCAUCGGGGAGUGCGGCUGCAUGCAUCAGGGCAGGUACCACAAGAAGGGCGACGCUUUCUUCCCCAGCCCCUCCUGCCGGGAGAGGUGCCGCUGCGUGGACAACGGAGCCGUGGAGUGCCAGAGAGUCUCCUGUGGGGACAACGAGGAGUGCGGGGUGCGGGGCGGCAUCCAGGGCUGCCACCCCAUUGGCUGCGGCAAAUGCAGCGUGUCCGGAGGAUCCCACUACCUGACGUUUGAUAGAGAGACAAUCAUCUUCCCAGGCUCUUGUGCUUACACCUUGGCCAAAGUCUGCAGCCAAGAUCCUGGCCUUGAACAGUUUUCUGUGGUGGUGGAGAACGAGAGUUCCGGUGCCGGCAAAGGGAGGACCAAGGAAGUCGUGGUCACCAUUCGUGGCUACACCAUCAGCCUUGCAAAGGGAAUGAAUGGGAAGGUUCAGGUGGAUGGAGAGAUCUUUGCUCUGCCGCUGGUGAUAGGGAGGAGAAACGUUUGGGUGAAUCAAGAAGGGAAGAAUAUCGUGAUCCAGACCAAUUUUGGCCUGAAGGUCCUCUACGAUCCCUCCUAUUACGUUCUGGUGUCCAUUCCCAGCACGUACCAAGGACAUAUGUGCGGCUUGUGUGGCAACUUCAACGGUGACAAGACUGACGAAUUCCGACUGUCCAAUGAGAAAACGACCCAGAAUGUGACUGAAUUUGGGGUGUCCUGGAAGGUUCCUGUCCAGAACGCCGCUUGUUCGGACGGCUGCAGGCAGAGUUGCCCCGACUGCUCCUCGAUCAAGACGAGCCCAUUCCGGGAGGAGAGCUCUUGUGGCCUGAUCGUAGCUAAAUCGGGCCCUUUCCGAGAUUGCCACCCUGUAGUGAGGGCUGCGAGCUAUUUUGACCUCUGCCUGUACAGCAUGUGUGCGGCCGGUGGGGCAAAAGAAAUCCUCUGCCAGAGCCUUCAGGCUUACGUGACCGUGUGCCAAGCAGCAGGAGUGAAGAUCGAGGCGUGGAGGACACCUUCCUUCUGCCGUAAGUGA